CCGAGGCCGUUGAGUUCCCCGAAGACCGCUGGGAGGGGAACGGACGAUCGAGCGACUGCACCCGGCGCUGCGCAGUCGGACGCGGAGCACUGGGGCGCAAGCGGACGACUCUUGAGCUUGCAGCGCCGAGCUAAAAAAAAAGAGCAGAGGCGGCAGGAACCCUCGGAAGGUGAGGCCGGCAAGUGAAAGCGACAGCGGACUGCAACAGGGAGCUCCAGGGCCGACAGGAUGGGGUCAGCCUGCAUCAAAGUUACCAAGUACUUCCUCUUCCUCUUCAACUUGCUCUUCUUUGUCCUGGGCGCGGUGAUCCUGGGCUUUGGGAUAUGGAUCCUGGUCGACAAGAACAGUUUCAUCUCCAUCUUACAGACCUCCUCCACCUCGUUCAAGGUGGCAGCCUACGUCUUCAUCAGCGUGGGGGCCCUCACCAUGCUCAUGGGCUUCCUGGGCUGCCUGGGUGCCGUCAACGAGGUCCGCUGCCUGCUGGGGAUGUACUUUGCCUUCCUCCUGCUGAUCCUCAUCGCCCAGGUGACUGCAGGGGUCUUCUUCUACUUCAACAUGGGCCAGCUGAAGCAGGAGAUGGGCAGCAUCGUGACCAAGCUCAUUCACAACUACACGGACGUCCGGGACGGCCUGCAUGAGGCCUGGGACUACGUGCAGGCUCAGGUGAAGUGCUGCGGCUGGGUCAGCUUCCUCAACUGGACGGAAAACACCGAGCUCAUGAAUCGUGCCAACAUCACCUUCCCCUGUUCCUGCAAGAAGAGUGAUAAGGAUGACACCCUCAUGAUGCCGCAGAAGGGCUUCUGCGAGGCCCCCUUUGGCAACGGAACCCAGAGCGGCAACAACCCCGAGGACUGGCCGGUGUACCAGGAGGGCUGCAUGGAGAAGGUGCAGGGCUGGCUGCAGGAGAACCUGGGCGUCAUCCUCGGCGUGUGUGUGGGCGUCGCUGUCAUCGAGCUCCUGGGGAUGUUCCUGUCCAUGUUCCUAUGCCGGCGCGUCCAUUCUGAAGACUACAGCAAGGUGCCCAAGUACUGAGGCAGCUGCUGUCCCCACCUCCCUACCUGACCCCCAACCUCAGGGCUCCUAGGGAUCUCUCCUAGGCUCCCCCACUCCAGGCCCGCCUCCCACCUCACUGCCAAGACCCCUUGUCCGUCCCGUGCUGGCUGGAAGUGGGGGGUGCUUCCUGGGGACUUGAACCCCUCUCCUUGCCUUUCUGCCGUCAGCCUUAAGCCCCAGCUAUUCUGUGGCUCCUCCACGCGCUCCCUGUCUGCCAGGGUUGUCUUAGCAACCCAAAGAAAAUGCUCCCUGCACAGGUGGGCUGGGUUUCUACCUGCCUUGGGGGCUGUAUAUAUUGUAUGGGAGAAAGUGUGUUAAAAACUGGGUGGGGGGUUGGGAGGGGGGUUGGAUAAGGCGCCCUGGGUUCUCACUGCCCACUGCGUGGGUCAGGUUUGUUUCCACUCUGAUGCUUCUGUCUUUGGUUUUUCCAUUUUCCUUGAGGUAGUGGGAGAGGGUGGGCUUGACCUGACCUAAGAAGCGGCACCCCUUCUUCAGCCUGACCCAGCCCCACCCAGCAGCUCAGGCCAGUCUGGGCCAUGCUGUGGGGGCAGGGCCUGAGUGAGCUGGGCUGAAGUAGGGGGUGGCCUGGGCAUGAAGGUCUGGACUGGCCCUGGGCCGCUUAGGGAAGCAGGGGGUGAACGCUCCCAGUGUGUCACAGAGCUGGCCCUGCAUUCACCAGGACCCUGAGCGGUCCAGGGAAGUGAGGAUGCUUUCUCCUGUGCUCUGUUCCCCAGGGAAUGGGUGGGUAAGGUUGUGCCUUGAACGCAAGUGGGGAGGGGCCCAGGGCACAGCUCUGUAAAACACACAUGACAGAUUAUUAAAGAGGAUUUGUAACAAUCCAGCCUGCCGUGGUGGAGAUGCUGCUUCCGAGGCCAGGGGGGAAGGACCAAAGGGGCGAGCUGAUGUGGACGGGGUAGCCGGGCCUGUGGGAAAGAGUGGUGAGCGCCUCCCUGCUGUCCCCAGGACAGGGGCUCCUUUAGGGGCACCUCUGGCCCCCCGUUCAAGCUGGCACACGAGCGCUGUGAUGCCUGGCUCUGAUCCAUUUGCCUGGCUCCCGGCGUGGCUGGGGUUUGAUGUGUGUAUUCAAACAGGUGUCAAUUGUACCCCUAGGGUACAGGUGCCCCCAGAAAGUAACCCAAAGUGGGCUAACUGCAGAGGUG